AUGGCUUCAAGAACGAGUCUAGCCGGCGGCUGCUACAUUGUCAUUGACAAUUUGGCAAAAUAUCUGCCGCAAGUUGAGACCAAGAUCCACACGACAAUCCUGGAUUCGAUAUGUCAAACCAAUCUCACACAAACCUUUAUCAAUCCAUCGCAGAGCCAGGUGGCCCGGGAAGUCAAGUACAUAUUCCCCCUUGACAAUGGGGUGUCUGUCGUUGGCUUCACUUGCUGCGUCGGUAAUCGCGUGAUCAAGGGUGUAGUGAAGGAAUGGCGGGAGGCACAGGCAGACUUUGGCAAAGCCAAGGCCCAGGGUAAAACCGCUGGGUUAUUCAAACAAUCCCGCAAGGCCUCUGAUAUAUUUUCCACGACUAUUGGGAAUCUCCCUCCCGGCGGGGAAGUGCGCGUGGAGCUGACGUACCUUGAGGAAUUGAAACAUGAUGCUGAGAUCAACGGGUUGCGCCUCACGAUUCCCACACGGAUUGCUCCCCGCUAUGGUUCUGCUAUCUGGGAAACAGAAGCCCCUGGGGUUAAAGAGCGCGGAAUGUCCAUUACAGUCGAUGUCGAGAUGCCAGGAGGCUCUGUGAUCAAAUCCAUCCAGUCACCAUCCCAUCCAAUGCCUGUCACCAUCGGCACGUUAUCUAACGCGCCGCAGUCGGAGCCAACUCUAAGCAGGGCAUCUGCCAGCUUCUCUCAAUCGUCAGUCGGCCUGGACAUAGACGUCGUCAUUGAUGUAGUGGCUACAAACCUUUCCGAGCCUGCUGCAUUCCUCGAAACCCAUCCAACAAUCCCCAAUCAAAGAGCCCUCAUGAUGACCCUAGUCCCAAAAUUCAAUCUUGCUCCAAUAAAGCCGGAGAUUGUGUUUCUUUGCGAUCGAAGCGGUAGCAUGAGGCCUGAAAUAAAGAAUCUUGUGGCUGCUCUUCACAUUUUCCUCAGAUCGCUACCCGCUGGAGUUAAAUUCAACAUCUGCAGCUUCGGUACAGGGCAUAAAUUCCUCUGGGAGCGGUCGAAAGGCUAUACCCAGGAAUCAUUCGAGGAAGCAAAGAAGCACAUAGAUUCAUUUGAAGCCGACUAUGGCGGAACGAAUAUCCUUGAUCCUCUUGAGGCCACUUUUGAGCAACGAUAUAGCGACAUGAGUCUCGAGGCGUUUGUUCUUACUGACGGCAGAAUCGAUGAGCAAGACAAACUUUUCGACUUGAUACACAAGUGGACGGCCAAGUCCAACCAGAACAUACGCGUUUUCAGUCUGGGUGUUGGGUUAAAUGUGAGCUCUGCUCUAGUUGAGGGAAUUGCACGGGCAGGAAACGGCUUCGCGCAGACUGUCCACGUUUCGGAGACGAUGGACAAGAAAGUUAUCCGGAUGCUCAAGGGCGCUCUGCUUCCCCAUAUCAAGGAUUACAGUCUUGACAUCAGAUAUGGCAAAGCUGAUGCUCAAAACAACGAAGAUUUUGAAAUUGUCGAAAAUGUUUCAGACUCCCUUCUGGUCCAUUCCAAGGAUGAUGAAGAAUGGAUAGAGGUAGAGAGCCAGAUUGCGAGGGAAACGGACCCCGAGAUCCCGAAGGGCGAUGAGCAGACUGAUCCAGGUCCUGCUACUGGGCCGAUUGCACCAAAACAUACAAGUUUGCCCGCAGUACCAGCCCCAGACUAUAUUCAGGUUCCAAGUCAAAUCACACAGGUCUUUCCCUUUAACCGAACGACAACAUACGUCCUGCUGUCGAAUCAAAAACAAGAUCUAGAACCAAAGUCGGUCAUCUUGAAAGGGUCUUGUGACCAAGGGCCUCUGGAGCUAGAGAUCCCCAUUGUCCACCUUUCAGCGAAAUCGUCUGCUAUCCACCAGAUGGCGGCUCGCAAGGAGAUUAGGGAUCUAGAAGAGAAUCGCGGUUGGCUUUUCGUAGCCAGAGAUGAUGACGGGAAGCUGCUACGAGAAAAGUUUCAUCCCGGGUUUUUCAACAUGGCAAAAACAGAGGCUGUUCGAUUGGGAGUACUGUUUCAGGUCGUGGGUAAAUGGUGCUCCUUCGUUGCCGUGGAGCCGCCUCAAACCAGAGGCCUCGUUGGAUCGGAGAAGGAGAUUGGUGAAAUUGAAAUCUCUCAGACGCCAGCUGAUGAGAUACCUAUAACCAGAAACAGACAUUCGAUACCCCGCGAGGCGCGGACCUCGGACAACCUUAGUCAAAGGGGAUAUUGCGCAAAGAUUGCCAAACCCAGUACCAGUCGGUUCGCCAGGAAGGCGCCCAGUUCCUUCUUCACAAGAAUGUCAUCCCGUUUGAAACCGAAAGCCACGCCAUCGAGCUCCGGGAAAGAUGGGAACAGCCAGCCGAUGGAUAGUGGUAGCAACAAGGCUGAUAGCGCUUAUUCCAACGACUCCAAGCUCCAAAGCUUCAUUGCUUUACAACGCUUUGGUGGUUGCUGGGGCUGGAGCAAAGAAUUCGAGGAAAUCACAAAAUUGAGACAUGAUUCUCUUCUUAAGCUCGAUCUUCCGGUCUCCGUUGCUAAUCACGAGAACAGUAGCGAUAUCCUAGCUACGGUUUGCGCAAUCGCCUUUCUCAAGAAGCAUUUCAUCGAAGAAAAAGAAAUCUGGGAUUUAGUUGAAGAGAAAGGUCAAGAUUGGCUCAAGGAUCAAAUCGGAGGUGAGGUUGAAGGCUUGAUGCAGAAGCUCUCUGAUCUAAUUUAG